CGAUAAAAAUAACAGCCGGCAUGACAAGAAAACAUAUGUGUCUAAGCAGCAGAAAUAUUGUGUUAAAAUUUGUAGAAGAAUUUCUAGAAAACAUCAAGGAAUUUAAAAUAUAAAACAAUAAAUUUUGCAGUGAGUGUUUGAAAAAGUUUUUUGCAAAAUGGCUGACGAUAUUUUAAUGAAAAGUGAUGAAUGCCCGCCCAUAGGAGGCAAUGAGAGUGCACGCAACCAGCUACAACAAUUUUGUUUGUUGGCCAAAUCAGCUCAUGGACUUGCGCUGCUGGAAUUAAUUAAACAAGUCUUAGAAGCUCCCCAUAUAUAUGUAUUUGGCGAGUUAUUAGCCAUGCCACAAAUAAAAGAGUUGGAAAACGGUGAACAUGCUAAAUACUAUAAUACUUUAAAUUUGUUUGCCUAUGGAACUUAUAAGCAAUACCGUCAAAAAAGUGAAGAUUACUUGGACCUAACAGGAGCUAUGCAAAAAAAAUUACAACAUUUAACUAUUGUCUCAUUGGCUAUUAGAGAUAAAUGCAUACCUUAUGCAGUGCUGUUAGAUGAGUUGGAAAUAACCAAUGUACGCCAUUUGGAGGAUGUCAUUAUUGAAGCUACAUAUGCUGGUAAGUGUAUACGGAACUGUACUUUAAUCGUAUCAUGUACAAGUAUCAUGACAUGA